UUCGUCCGUGCGCACGAACACGCGUACGUCUGUCUGUGUUUUAUUUAUGAUGUGGAUAGAGAAAAAGAAAACUAAACAUAAAAAAGGGUUACUCAACAUCGAUUUGAUUGCUUUUAUACUUGAUCCCCAUCAUUUCUUUUUCUUUCUUUUUAUUUACAUCUUAAAAUUAAUAUCUUACACUAAUGAGUACUAAUUCUACAUCGACCGAUGACAAGAGCGCACAGGACCUAGUACGAGACCAAAAGGAAGCCAAUUUCACCAUCAUGUUUGUUUCUGUUGGAUUUUCAUGCUUUAUCUGGCAAGCACUUACGACUGGAAAAAUGGUCUAUAAAUCAAAGAAACCUAUAGUUCUGCUAGUCUUUCUUCAGUCAGUCCUUGGUGCUGUCGUCACAUUUGUCACGUUAUUAGUAUGUAUUGUAGAAGUUGAUUGCACGUUUCGACUUUUCUUUUCUGUAGUUGGUGUCAACGUAGGAGACAUGGCGUUACAGUUUGUUUUACUUUGGAAAGCAUUUUUAGGAAACGAACGAUCAAAACUGGUCCUUUUUGUGGGGUCCAUACCCAUUAUUUCUAUCGCUGUCUUUAUCGUCAUCAAUCUCACCGUUGGACGAUCGGGAUCAUUUCUCCAAGAGGGCGUCUGUCUCACAAACUAUCCUACUUAUAUUGUUAUUAUAAAGGCAGCAAUAGAUUUUACAUCCAAUGUGUUUCUAUCUGCAUGCUUUAUUCUCGUCAUUUAUCGCCAUUAUCGACUUUUUGGAAAUAGCAUUCAAAGGACAUUGCUGAAAGAAGGCUUGCUGUAUUGCUUUGGUGUAUGCUUUUCUAAUAUCAUCUGUGGCAUUCUACUUACAUUGGAAGUCAUUGGAGGAAAUACACCUGUUAUUUACACAAUUGACUGGUAUCUAGCAUCUUACUUGGUCAUUAAGCAACUUCGACAUAGUAAAAAGCAAAUAUCAAUUCCUAAACAAUAUUAUUCUCCUAAUAACAAUAUAAGUCCUGAUGUGGAUGAUGACGAUGAUCACUCGAGCGCAGCAGGAGCGUCCAUUCUGCCACCUCCUGAUGAAGAAUUACGACACAUCUUUAAUUCUAUAAAAAAAUCAGAUAUAAUGGAAAAAAGUCACAUAUAUUCUACUUCUACGAAUUAUACUGUAUCUACAGUAAAAGAAGCAGACAUAUCCUUAAAAAAGUAAUAAAAUCUGAUAGGGAAGACCCUUUUCAUAAAUGGAACAAUUAGAGUUUAUCAGAUUUUGCUUGAAAAAGUAAAUUUGCGGGGAUAAAAAAACAGGGUUCCCUGAGGGUUAUUUUUUUUUUCUUUUUCUUUUU